UGACUGCAAAAUAUAAAUUGUAUCAUUUGACUAUGCCAGUAAUGCUCAUUUUUGUGAAAAGUGGUCGUAUCAUUUUGGGGGAUUUAAUUCCAGGUCAUUCCCUCUACCACAUGGAGCCAGAGAAUGAUACACAUAUUUCAGAAUUUCUUCUUCUUGGAAUAUCAAAUGAACCAGAACUUCAGCCCCUCAUAUUUGGGCUUUUCCUCACCAUGUACCUGAUCACUGUGUUUGGAAACCUGCUCAUCUUCCUGGCCGUCAGCUCAGACUCCCACCUCCACACCCCCAUGUACUUCUUCCUCUCCAACCUGUCCUUUGUAGACAUCUGCUUCACCUCCACCACCAUCCCAAAGACGAUGUGGAAUAUCCAGAUGCAGAGUAAAGUUAUCACCUAUGAAGGCUGCAUCAACCAGAUAUACUUUCUACUACUCUUUGCAGGGUUGGAUGACUUCCUCCUGACUGUGAUGGCCUAUGACCGGUUUGUGGCCAUCUGCCACCCCCUGCACUACACAGUCAUCAUGAACUCCCGGCUCUGUGGACUGCUGGUUCUAGUGUCAUGGAUGAUGAGUGCCCUGAAUUCCUUGAUACAAAUCUUAAUGAUGUUGCGGCUGUCCUUCUGUAGAGUCCCGGAGAUCCCCAACUUUUUCUGUGAACUCAAUCAGGUAGUCCGAAGUGCCUGUUCUGACACCUUUCUUAAUGACAUGAUGGUGUAUGUUGCAGCUGGGCUGCUGAGUGGUGGUCCUUUCAUUGGUAUCCUUUACUCUUACUCUAAGAUAGUUUCCUCCAUACAAGGAAUCUCAUCGGCUCGGGGGAAGUACAGAGCAUUUUCCACCUGUGCAUCUCACCUCUCAGUUGUCUCCUUAUUUUAUUGUACAAUCCUAGGAGUGUACCUUAACCCUGCUGAUGCCCACAACUCACACUCAAGUGCAAUAGCCUCAGUGAUGUACACUGUGGUCACCCCAAUGCUGAACCCCUUCAUCUACAGUCUUCGGAAUAAAGACAUAAAAGAGGCUCUGAAAAGAUUCAUUGAGCGAUAA